CUGCAUUGCAGCGGGUUGGACUAGACGACCCUUCAAACUCUACAAUCCUAUGAUUCCAUUGUCUUUUGACUCCUACAGAAGACUUUCCUUUUUCAACAAGCCUUUUAAGGGGACUUUUGUGAAAUUUCACUCUGCAUCUGUAUGGGGUUGUGUGUGUGUGUAUGAAAAAUAGUUUUGUUGUGUUAUGUGAAAUCAUUUAUACGCGCGCACAGUAUACCGUAGACAUGAAAUGGCUUAAUAUUUAUUAAUAUGUUAAUAUUACCGUUAAUCAUUAAUAUAUAUUAGAGCGAGAAAGAGAAAAUAUAUGUUAAUAUCGUUUUGAUCGUUGUCCUUUUUUUAUCGCUAGCACACUUCGAGGUGUUUCAUUAGAAUCACAACGCACGGGCGUUGGCUACCCCUGUUGGAUUUCUGCCUGCCGCGCAAAAAGGCGCCGAGUGGGGAAGGGGAGUGGCCCCUUCAAGCUGUCCAGCCUAAGGAAAAGGGGAAAGCCUCGCCGAGGUUGCGUUUCUGUGUGUCUGCGCGAGGGCAGGAGCUGCUCAGCCCGCCAGCUGCCUGCCUGCUUGCCUGCCUUCCUGCCGUCUCCUCUGGGCGUGCUCAGCCGGCGCCGCCGGAUGGGAGGGAGAGAAGGAGGCUGAGCGGAGCUCCGGAGAGCAGCUCUCAUCCGGCUGGGCGAUGGCCGCAGCCCCGAUCCUGGGUCUCCUGCUUCUGUCGCGGCUCUACUCCCGAGGAGACAGCGCGGGGCUCGGCCGGGCAGGGGCUGAGAGCCAGCAGCAGGCGGAGGUGAGGCUCCCAAGAGCAGGGAAGGGAGGGGUGAAUGCCCAGAUUUCUUCCCAAGAAAGAGGUGCUCAUGAACUCUUCUGGCUAACUGGAUGCAAAGAAGUUUCUGUUUUUAAAACCCGGGCUUACUCAAUUUUGUCUGUGUGUGUGUGUGUGUGUGUGAGAGAGAGAGAGAGAGAGAGAGAGCCCUCUCCAACUUUCAGAAACACCAGAAUGCGGAGAAAUAUUGCCUUCCUGGGCACCUUCAGACUGGUGGGUUUUUAUUUUAUUUUAAUGUGGGUGUUUCCUGCAAUAAUUAUGGCACAACAGCAGGGCAUCAUUGGUAGGUUUGUUCUGAUUUAGCUUGUGCCAAGAUGCGUCCCCAAUGCUAUCAUGCUAUUGCUGUCUGGAACAUAAAUCAGAGGAAUAAAUGUGUGGCAGAAAGUUACAAGACUCCAGCAGGGAGCGAUGAGUUAUGCCCUGAUGGGAAAGGAAGCUGAGUGACAGCUCCCAAAAUCUGCAGACACGAACAGCAGAGAAGGCACCAUAGCUCAGUGGUCAGAGCACUUGUCUUGCAUUCAGAAGGUCCCAAAUUCAAUUCCUGGCAUCUCCAGGUAGGGCUGAGAGAGAGCCCUGCCUGAAAUCUUGGGGAGCUGCUGCCAGUCAGUAUAGGGAAUACAGUGGUACCUCGAGUUAAGAACUCAAUUUGUUCUGGAGGUCCGUUCUUAACCUGAAACUGUUCUUAACCUGAAGCAUCACUUUAGCCAGUGGGGCUUCCUGCUGCCGCCGCGCCACCGGAGCCCGAUUUCUGUUCUCAUCCUGAAGCAAAGUUCUUAACCUGAAGCACUAUUUCUGGGUUAACGGAGUCUGUAACCUGAAGCAUAUGUAACCCCAGGUACCAUUGUACUGAGCCAGAUGGACCCAAUUUCUGUUCUCAUCCUGAAGCAAAGUUCUUAACCUGAAGCACUAUUUCUGGGUUAACGGAGUCUGUAACCUGAAGCAUAUGUAACCCCAGGUACCAUUGUACUGAGCCAGAUGGACCCAAUGGUCUAACUCAGUUUGAAGCAACUGCCCAUGUUCCUAUUUAAUUGUGCCAUUUAUCCAGAGGCAUGAGGACUGGAUUCUUUCUUUAUUUUUAGGUGAAGGUCGGUAGCUCAGUGCUAGAACACCUGCCUUGCUUGCAGAAGGCCCCAAAUUCAAUCCCUGGCAUUUCCAGGUAGGGCUGGAAGAGACCCCCAGCCUAAAAUCCCACAGAGCCUCUGCCACUCAAUAUAGACAGUACUGAGCUAGAUGAAUCAAUGAUCUGACUCGGUCUCCUAUGUUCCUAGAAUUCAAAGGGAUGUGUGUCUGUUCUUAAUUACCUGCCCUUUUCCCUAAUGUUCCGGGGCAACAAAUUAAAACACAAUUUUUUUUUUUAAAAAAAAACUGUUUAAAGCAAUUUACAAUUACAGUGGUACCUCGGGUUACAUACGCUUCAGGUUACAGACUCUGCUAACCCAGAAAUAGUGCUUCAGGUUAAGAACUUUGCUUCAGGAUGAGAACAGAAAUCGUGCUCCAGCGGCGCAGCAGCAGCGGGAGGCCCCAUUAGCUAAAGUGGUGCUUCAGGUUAAGAACAGUUUCAGGUUAAGAAUAGAGCUCCAGAACGAAUUAAGUACUUAACCCGAGGUACCACUGUACAGAAAUAAGCAGGGCUCUAAAAAUAUACCCCUCAAGUAUCAAAAGACAGGGUAAAAAGGCGUUUAUUCAGCAUUCUCCAGAAGCUGUACCAUGAAGGGGCCUGGCCGGGUGCAUCUCUCCUGUGGGAGCGAGUUCUAUAGUUUCACAACUGUGUGAAGAAGUCCUUCCUUUUAUCUGUUCCGAAACUCCCAACUUCAUUGGAUGCCCAUGAGUUCUGGUGUUACGAGAGGGAGGAAAUUUUUUCUCUGUCCACUUUCUCCAUGCCCACAUAUCAUUUUAUAAACUUCUUUUGUGCCAUCUCUUACUCAUCUAUUCUCUAGACUAAGAAGUCCCAAACCUUUCACCAUAGGGGAGUCACUCCACCCUCCUUCAUCAGCAACAUCAUUUUUGAGGUGAGACGACCAGUGUCCAAAUGCAGUCUCACCAUAGAUUUGUAUAACGGUAUUAUGAUACAGUGGUACCUUGGGUUAAGAACUUAAUUCGUUCCGGAGGUCUGUUCUUAACCUGAAACUGUUCUUAACCUGAGGUACCAUUUUAGCUAAUGGGGCCUCCCACUGCCGCCAUGUGAUUUCUGUUCUCAUCCUGAAGCAAAGUUCUUAACCCAAGGUACUAUUUCUGGGUUAGCGGAGUCUGUAACCUGAAGUGUCUGUAACCUGAAGCGUCUGUAACCCGAGAUACCACUGUAUUGGCAGUUUUAUUUUGACCCUUGUGGCCCCUUCCAGCUCUACAGUCCUAUGUUUUUCAUUUCAUUUCCUAAUGAUCCCUUGCAUGGAGUUUGCCUUUUUCGUGGCAACCACACACUGCAUUGACAUCUCCAUUGAGCUAUCCACUACAAUCCCAAGGUCUCGUUCCUGGUCCAUCACCUCCAGUUCACACCCUGUGAGUCUAUAUGUGAAAUUAAGAUUGCUUACUCCCAAACAAUUUAGCAUCAUCAGCAAACAUGGCCACUUCACUGCUCACUCCUAACUCUACAGAAGAUCCCUUAUAAACAUGCUAAAAAGCACACAAUACAUCUGCGCUCAAUGCAUCUCUUUCUUUACAUGCCUUCCUGGCCUGUGGCUUUCUGAGCACAGCCUCUGGCCCACACCAUCUGGAGAGCUUUCUUUUGUCUGUAUUCAACCCAUCCUCCAUUAUGCUAAACAAGGAUCUGAGAGGCAGAGGGCUAUGGAAAGGUCUCCUGUUUGUUUCCUGCCUUAUGGAAUAUUCUAUAGAAAAGAGCAUUUCCUCCUUUGCAGGCUUGGAGGGAGAACAGGGUGGGGGAAGAGAGGCUGCUUGGAGUCUUAAGAGAGGCUGUUUGCUAUGGCCUCAGGAUCAAGGGCAGAGCCUUGAAAGCUGUCAUCUAUCUGAUCUAUCAAUUUUAAUAUAUCUAUCUCUAAGCUGGAUGCCUUCAUCUAAUCAGUUAAGGUUGCGCUGCUGUUAUCUGGAGAGCUUGUAACCAGAAUUAGGCUCUGCCUGGGGGAAGAGGAGGAGGUGAACAAAUGUCUUCUAUCUCAGCACUGGUGUGCAAAAAGGAAAAGGAAAACCUACAUCAUAGUGUCACUGUGAGAACAAAAUGGGGGCAGAGGGACAGUGCAUACCACUUUGUGUUUAUUUUAUGCUUCCUUUUCUUAGCAUACUGAAUGUAUUUCCCCCCAGUGUCCCCCAAAUUUCAUGAUCGCUGAAGUACAUCCCACCUGACCCCUGAAUUAAAAUUGGGGGCACAACUUCACUGUCACACCUGAAACAAGCUGUAUGCUUUUAGCAUGCAAAGAUAGAAAUCUCACGUUCCUUUUCAAGCACUUUAAUGACAAACAUCACUGCGGUCCACCGGUUAUGCUUUUCAUCAUCAUCAUCAUCAUCAUGUCACCUCCAGCUAUUUUGGGAGAAGAUUUUCCUGACCUGCUUAGCUUAGGAGCUCAUACAGAGUGCCCUGCUGUGAUUAGACAGGCUGCUUCCAGGUUUUGCCAUUUUGGGGUGGGAUUCAGUUGCGCUGCACGGCAUUUAUAUCCCAUAUUUUCUCCAAGGAGCUCAAGGUGGCGCACAUAUUUCUCCUCUCUUCACAUUCCAUAGCUUAAUGUGCUUCUUCACAUUAAGCUAUGGAACUCACUCCUGCGGCAGCCAGUGAUGUCCACCCACUUGGAUUGCUUUAAUGGAGAAUUAGGCAAAUUCAUGGAGGAGAAGACUAUGUUCCGCCUCCACAGUUGGAGGCAGCAAUACUCCUGAAUACCAGCUGCUAGCAACCACAAAAGGUGGUGGGCUUCCCAUAGGGACCUGGUGGCCACUGUGAGAACAAGAUGCUAGACUUGAUCCAGCAGGAUCGCCUUAAGUUCUUACAUGCAAAAACUUGCCAUUUGCGAGGGGCCCAAGGUUGAUUUGGCGAUUUUGCAAACAAAAAGAGGAAAAUAAGCACCACGUAGAGUCUAACAAAGAGGAGAGUACUUCGGUUUCAUCAAUGUCCCUAGCACUGCUGAAACAGGGGAAAGGCAUGUCAGUCUCACCUUUGUCUCUUUGGUGGGUUUAAAUCAGCCUCCCCUAGCCAGCACCUUCCAGAGGUUUUGGACUACAACUCCCACCAGCCCCAGCUGGGGUUGAUGGGAUUUGUAGUCCAUAACAGCUAGAGGGUUGGGCCCCUGGCUAGGAAAGGCUCGUUUAAGUAUUUCUGAGUGGUCCAGCAUUAGUGAAAUUGACACAUACCCUCCAACAUGCCUGGGAGGAAAACAGGGAAAUGAGUCUUUUGGGGCCGCGCUCCCAGGCGAAUCAUGUGACUUGCAUGAGAGCACGGCACCCAAAAGCAUGCAUCUUUCAGGGCCACGAUCUCACAGGAGCCAAGCAGGACAUUCCAGGAGCCCAUCAGAAGCUGAGAUGGCUUCUGUAAUUUCCAGGAUGUCCCUCUUAUGUAUGUUGGUAAGGUUUCUCCCCAAUGUUGACUGUUUCACAAAAGGUGAAAACUGGAGGGUGGGGCAGUGGGAAGACCUGAUGUCUUGGAGAUAUUCUCUGCUGUGGAAUGGGAGGGAAAAUCUUACCAUACACUCCUAUACAGGAAGAGAGAGAGAAGACUGAUCCACACAAUAUGAUUAAAGCUUCUACACACAUUUGAAUCAUAUGACAUCCUAAAGAAUCCUGGGAACUGUAGUUGUUAAGGGUGCUGGGGAUUGUAAUUCUGUUGCAGGGAAACUACCAUUCCCAGGAUUCCUUGAGGAGAUGUUCUUUAAAUGUGCAUUUCCUUCACCAGGGAAUUUAAAGAUACAGUUACUUAGGAUUUUGUUAUGUCAUCUCCACUUUACCUGAUGAAGGACCUGAUAGGGCUGAAAUGUGCAGGAUUAUAAACUUUUGGAUAUUAAACCGUUUCUCUCUCUAUUAAUCUCUUUUUAGAAGCUAGCCUUGAAGAUUUCUAAUGCAGAAAGACUGGAAAUCUAAGUCUAAUGUUAAACAAUCGUAUGAAAUUUUGUUACUUUUUAUUAGAUUUUUUGUGAUUGUAUUUUUUGUAAUUGUAAGCUUUUAAAAUUGUUUUUAAUAUUGUGUCUUAGAUUGUAACCCAUCCUGGCACUUUAGGGUGAAGGGCAGGUAAUAAAUUAAAACAACAACAACAAUUCCCGCCCUCUCAUUUUGCCUGGAUUUCCCUUUUGCUGCAAGGACAGAGGAACAGCAGCAAAAAAAUGAAAAUAAAACAAAGACCCUCCUGUCUCCUCUCCAUCCCCCUCGCCCCAGGUCUGCUGUCCCAGGUAUGUGGCAUCUCACAUCUAGCAGGCCUUGGGGCGGAGGGUCUCUGAUGACUGCCUGGCUCUCCAGAGAAAUGGAAAAAUUUAUGGCCUCUGCUUUUUUGUUCCAUGGGGUGGUGUUUAUGUCCGGAAUCUGGGCUGAUAAGGUGAAGGGAGAACAGAGCCAGCACACAAACUCACUCUGGAAUGAAGAGGCUAGGCUCAGCCGGACUGAAUGGACUGUGAACAAAAGCUCGGGGGUUUUUGCAGUUCGGAAGGGGAGCUGCUUCCUGGCAGGAGUAAAAGGUGCACAAAGAGAAAUUGAAGUGACAUCAAGAUCCACCACCAUGCCUCCGAAAAGUGCUUGGAAGCUUUAGCUGUUCCAGAAUACUGCGUCCAGGCUGCUGACUGGGUCCGGUUACAGGGAGCAUGUUACUCCCCUGUGAAAACCAGCUUGUUGCUGGUUUAAUUUUUCUGAAUGUUUUAAUUUGUUUUUUUCUAAAAAUGUCCUUGUUUUCUUCUAUUUGUAAAUCACUUUGAGGUUUCUUACAAUCAAGCAGUGUAUGAAUAUAUAAUAAUAUAAUAUAAUAUAAUAUAAUAUAAUAUAAUAUAAUAAUAUAAUAAUAUAAUAAUCAAAUCAUAAUACAGGCUUCCUCAACCUUAGCCCUCCAGAUAUUUUGAGACUACAGUUCCCAUCAUCCCUGACCACUGGUCCUGCUAGCUAGGGAUUAUGGGAGUUGUAGGCCAAAAACAUCUAGAGGGCUGAGGUUGAGGAAGCCUGCUAAUAUAAUAUAAUAUAAUAUAAUAUAAUAUAAUAUAAUAUAAUGGUAUCUCGGUUUUCGAACGUCUCCAUUGACAAACGUUUCAGUUUUUGAACAUGCCUUAGAAGUCGACCAUACCAUGCGGCUUCUGUGUUGAGUUUUCUGUACAGUAUUGAGCUUUCCAGUCUGAGGCUUCCAUUUUGAGUUUUCAGUUUUUGAACAUUUCGGAACUCAAAUGGUCUUCCAGAAUGGAUUACGUUCGAAAACUGAGGUACCACUGUAAUAUAAUAUAAUAUAAUAUAAUAUAAUAUAAUAUAAUAUAAUAUAAACAUUUACUGCAUAAUCUCUGGGCAGUAGGAUCCUCUGUGCAUAAAAUCAACAUUUUCUGACAAUCUUGAUCUAAUUUUUAAUCCCCCUCUCCUUUUGAUUUUAGAAGUUCCUUAGAAAAUAUGGCUACUUUGGGUCCAUGCACCGAGGGUUGGAUCCAGCUGAAUUCUCAGAGGCCAUUAGGUAAGUGUGGUGGUUGUCCUGUGGCUGCCACCAAACUUGUCCCAAGUUUGUCAAUGUGGGAUGGAGCAUCCAGAGACAGACCCUUCCUCCUUCUUCCAUUUUAUUUACCUAUAUGUCCAGGGCUAGCCAACGAGGUGCCCACCAAAAGUUGUGGACUACAAGGCCCAUUGUCCCUGGCCAUUGACCAUGCUGACUGGGGCUGAUGGGAGUCGAACAACAUUAGGAGGCCUACAGGUUCCUGCACUGUCGCACCCAAUGAUGUUGCAAGGUCUGAGGGCACGAGGGCACCACCUCGCCCAUGAGUUCUAGUGUUAUGCGAGAGAGGAGCUUUUCCCCAUGAGCAUUCUGGAGUUUUAUACUUGUCUAGCUAUUGGGAUGCGUUAGCAUUCAUGUGUCAUCAGUGGGGGAGCAUUGCUGAACGACCAAUAAAGCAGAAUAAACCCACCGCUAGGGCACUGUUAUUGCAUCAAGGCCUUGUUGCAGAACACGCCCACAAUAAAACGCCUGUCUGGAGGGGUCCAUAAAUUAACACGUGCACAUUUUAUUAAAGCGUCGUCUCCCUGCUUGCUCUCUCUUAAGAUGCGGAGUGAGUGGGCUGCCUCGGGAGGACAGCGCCAGGCAGAUUCUGAAGGCCUGCAUGUUAAUAUUACUUCAAUUGCUUUAAGACAUUCUGCUUUAAGACGGCUGCGUUGGAAUCGUGGCUCCUCCAACUCUCAAGCCUGGCUCGUAAAACCCAUCCCGUUCUGCUCAGCCUUGCUGCUCUUUCUCUCACUCAAAGCACAGAAUGAGGCCUCUGCUCUGUCGUUUUCCCUUGUAUGGGCCUAGCCUCCUGUGGAGGACAAGAUCUGUACAAACGUUGCAAUUUGGGCCCGGCUGGAAGAUUCCAGAAAUGCCAUUGCUGCAUUCUGGACUCCAGCCAUCUUCAAACACUCCUUCUGAGAAUUUAUUAUUAUUAUUAUUAUUUAAAUUUUCUCCCUCCGCCCUUAUCCCACUGUCGCCGCCAAAGCCCACUAUUGAAAGUACUUCCCUGUUCAAAAAACAAAGUUACACUGAGUGUUUCAAUCAUAUGACGCCACUGCUUUAUGGCAGGGUGAAGGGGACAGUGAGGUGUAGUGGUUAGAGCACUGGACUAGGGUCGGGGGGGGGCAGACCAGGGUUCCAGUCCUGGUUCAGCCAUGCAGCUCAGCUGGGUGACCCUGGGGGCCAGGCCCUGCCUCUCAGCCUAACCUACCUCACAGGGUUGUUGUGAGUGUGAAUUGGGGAAAGGGAGAAACAUGUGCACACCACCUUGAGCUGCUUGGAAGAAAAGGUGUGAUAUAAAUGUAAUAAAUAAAUUUUUCACCCGGGCUGCCAAGCAGCCAAGAACCUGGGACCUUUUGCAUUCAGAGGGUCGCCUCUGUUGCUACAACUCUUCCCCAGAAAAUUAGGCAAGAUUCUGGUCCUCAUGGAUCUGGAUAAAGGGCUAGUUUAAAUGGGAACAUGGGAAGCUGUCUUAUCCAGAGUCAGACCACAGGUCCAUCCAGCUCAGGAUUGUCCACGCUGACUGGCCAGCUGCCCACCAGGAGUUCAGACACAAGUCCCUCCCGGCCCUCCCUGAAGAUGUCAUUGGGGAUUGAACCCAGCACCGUCUGCAUGCAAAGGAGAUGCUCUACUGCUGAGCUAGGGCCCAUCCUUCAAGGUACAGCCCUCAGUUGAACUUGUGGCCUCUUGCAUCCCAGGUGAGAAUCAGACAUAGGCCACACACAACCCAUACAUUUAAAGCACAUAGCUUCUUACCCCAAAGAAUCUUGGGAACUGUAGUUUGUGAUGACUGCUGGGGUUGUAGUUUGGUGAGGAGAAAGCUACUGUGCCCAGGACUCUCCUGGGGAAGCCAUGUGCUUUAAGUAUAUGAUGCGGAUCUCAACCUAGAGACCUAAACCAACGAGCAUCAUCCGCCAACCAAGUCCUCCUCUCUUGCAGGGAAUUCCAGUGGGUGUACCACCUGCCCCUCAGCGGUGCCCUCGACGCCUCCACCAUCCGCCACAUGAGCCUCCCCCGCUGCGGCGUGAAUGACCUAGACAGCCGAUCCGCAUGGAAGGACCGGGUGGAUUCGAUGCUUUCGGGAAGGACGGUCAGGAGGAGGCGCCGGAAACGGUUCUCUCAUCAGAGUAAGUAUUUCUGGGGCUUUCCUCUGAGCACUUUCUCCCUCUCAGUGCCCCUCUUUUCUCGCUCCCGUGCCACAGCCUCUGGUGUGGUGCAGCCUGCCUUCUCUUUUGCUCCCCUACCCCACCCCAACUUCAUGCAAAUCCAGGAUUGGGAUGCAGCACUACAAAUCCUCCAAUGAUGGGGCCGCGUGAUGACAGCCUUAUGUUCAUAUGUACAUAGGAAGAUAGAUAGUGAAAAUGUCCCACCAGUGGCCAAUGUCACUGGACUUCACUGUCCCUCCUAUGAGACCAGGAGUAUUCAGUGGCUGAGUGUGCUUGACUGUGUUAGGCUGCAGAAUCAGAGCCAUUGCAGCCCUCUGGGGAAGGGCUGUGACUCAGUGAAGGGCAGAAGGUUCAGUCCCAGACAGCAUCUCCAAGCAGGGCUGGGAUUAUUUUGUGUGUGAGAAACCUGGUGAGCUGCUGCCAGUCAGUGCAGACAACGCUGAGCUGGAUGGACCAAUGGUCUGAUUCACUCUAAGGCAGUGGUUCCCAACCUUUUUUUGGCCAUGCCUCACCUAAGCAUCUUUAAAAUCCUGAUGCCCCCAUCCCUGUGACAAAUAAUUCUUAUUAUUCAAAAAGUGAACUCCUAUUCACAUGAUAAAAGGUAAAGGUAAAGGUCCCCUGACAGUUAACUUCAGUCAUGAAUGACUCUGGGGUUGCGGCACUCAUCUCACUUUACUGGCCGAGGGAGCCGACGUUUGUCCGCAGACAGUUUUUCUGGGUCAUGUGGCCAGCAUGACUGAGCCGCUUCUGGCGAAACCAGAGCAGCUCAUGGAAACACCAUUUACCUUCCUGCCAGAGCAGUACCUAUUUAUCUAUUUGCACUUUGACAUGCUUUCGAACUGCUAGGUUGGCAGGAGCUGGGACUGAGCAACGGGAGCUCACCCCGUCGUGGGGAUUCAAACCGCCGACCUUCCAAUUGGCAAGCCCUAGGCUCAGUGGUUUAGAAAGCCUAAAAAGCCAUUGACUGGUCUAAACAAGCUUCCAAAUUGCCCCCCUUAAAAAUCAAAUUGCCCCACGUUGGGAACCACGGCUCUAAGGCAACUUGCUGUGGUCUCUACAGACUCUCAGUUAGAGUAGCUGCUUACCCACUGCUAAAAACUAAGAACUGCAUCACUCCCAGAAAGAAGUCAACCAAGUCUGUAUCACAUAUUGCUAGAUUUUUAAAUAGUACUUACAGAUGCAGAAUUAGAAGUGAUGGCUAUCAUUUAAAUAGAAAUACAUCUCAUAGCAGUGGAAGAUAGUGACCAGGAAAGUUGUGUGUCUGCACAGUUUGCUGUGCAGGCACUGUUGAUGGGUGACUUCAAGGCCCUGGAUACUCUCCCUAGGUCACUCCUGGAGUUUCUGGCCCUCCAGCUAAACUGGAGCCUCCCUGCCCUUCCUGCUCGUGUGAGCCAGAAUGGUGUGGGGGCUUGCUCAGCUGGAGUGCUGGGCAAUGUCUCUCGCCUAAGGUGGGAAGAAAGAAGUAGCCAAGAUACAUUCCAGACAUCGUGAUAUAUCAAUAUAUCGUGAUAUUUAGCUGCUGAUAUAUCACGUUGUUGAAAAGCAGAUAUCACCCAGCCCUGCUGUCAAGCAGGAUAUCUUGCCAUGCUAAUACUUGCUAAGCUUCGCAGGUGGGAAAGAAUGGCCUGGGGAGACCAUCUUAAAGACCAGGCAGGUUCGUCAGUCUUCUGGGCGUUCUGGUUCUUCUGAACCAUUUAUGAUGUCAUAGUUCACAGCCAGCACUUUGCACCAUGAAAGCCGCAGGCAGGGUCUUGUUUUUAGGAGCAGUUAAAGUAAGCUCUGAACAAUAUUCUUGUGCAUUGGGAAAAUCCAGGUGCUGGGACUGGACUUUCCCUGUUGACCAGAUCCCCUGCCUGGAGAUCUUUCCUAGACAGCCGAAUGAGCAGCUGUGCUUUAGGCCAGCCGUGGGAAAUGUAAAAUGGGGAGAUUAGGCAAUUGCUCUAGGAGGCCUCAAACUGUGCCUGACAAGGCAGCAUCUGUUCCCAACGGCGGGGGAAGAAAAAGCCAGGACUCUGCGGCCCAAUUUGCCUCAGUGUUGUUUUCACAUGUCUGUCCUUUCUGACAUGAAGCAGACCACUCUGUUGGCAUGACUCCCGCAUUCUCACGCCCUUCGGCAAUUAAGCCUAACUAUAUGUCGGCUGGAUAGCGCUGUAUAAUGUAGUAACAACUUGGGUGACUGGCAGCUUAGCACUUAAUGCAAAAGAAUGUAAGAAGACCCCUGCAGUUGGAUCAAGACCAAAAGCCCAGCACCCUGGUCUCCCGGUGGUCAACCAGGUGCCCAGAAAAACAUCUUGGAUCCUCACCUAGAAAUCACAGGACAAACAGAAGUUUUGCAGCAGAAGGACCCUCUGGACGAAACCCAUCUUAGCUCCAUCUUAACUGCUUCUCCACUGCCCUCCAACUCACUCCGGCAAAGAAACACACCUGGGAUUGGAUUGGCAUUUAGAAAUAUGUAUAUCUUCCCUCUGGGAACAUGACUACAGCUUGAAUCCAUUCCAGGGAUCCUCGAGGGCAGCGCUCAGAUGUUUGAGUCAUGUUUCAAGAACGGAAUUUAAUCACUGCAAUUGCCUUGGGGGGAGUUAAAACAGGUUUGCACCACGCCCAAGGUUAGGUGUGACUUUUCAGCCCUGCUGCAGGUUGCAAUGGGAGAUGGGAGAUUGGGGGGGGCACACAGAAAGUCAGGAGGCCACAACAAUUGUUUGCUUGCCUGCAUUAGUCAUUUGAGGCUGGGGGGGCGGGGAGGACCAGUUUAUGUUUACCAUUUUAUAAGUCUUCCAGUCCAGUCACCUAGAGACAUCUUUUAAUCGCUGCAGGAGAGUGCCUGAUUACAUGUCUUGACAAGAAUCUGGCUCUGACAGACUGUGUCCAAGGGAAUAUUCUGAAAAUCUUGAUAUUAAGUUUCUCAGCAUGGAGUGUUUAUUCCUUCCCAGAAAGUAAAAUUCUAUGAUUCUAUGAUUCUCAGUAAGAAGAGAGAGUUAUUUGUUUACUGGUUCUGUUAAAAAGACAAGCAAUCUUUGCAUAUUAUGUGUAACCAGCACAUAAACAGAUAAAUGAUAAUGAUAAUAUUAUUUAAUUCCCUCCCAGCCCCAAUCGGAGGUAUUCUAGGCUCCCUUGACAUCUGCCUCAAUAGUUCUUGUGAGCUCAUUGUUUAUCCUGUGUCCUAGCAGGAAGCCAGCCCUCCCCCCAACAGAGAGGAAACAUUUUGUAAGAGGUUUUCAAGCUAAAAGAAAAUUUUCUUGUCUCUUUGUCUGGAGUUAGGAGGGGAGAGAAGUCUUGUUCAGUUCAUGUUUAAAAGGGAACCUACCUGAUUUUACCAUUUCCAAAACAACACGCAAACUGAAACACAGCCAUGCACACUCCUCCGAAUUUUGCAGUGCAGUUCUGCAGCUGAGUAAUGGGUAGGGGGAAAUGCAGAUCUUAGGGUACAAGGUGCAUAAAAAUGCAGAUAUUAGUGAAAAGAAUGCUCAAAAAUUCAUUAGAUCAGGCAAAAUUGCCUUGCAGAAAUGUGUGUGUUAGGAUACAUUGAAUACAAACUUGCGUAUAUUAGGAGGAAUUGGCACUAAAAUGCUGGUGGAUUUUCACGAGGACUUCAAAUGAGCCUUAGGAAGAACUUUGUGACAGUAAGAGCUGUUUGACAGUGGAGUGGAUUCCCUUGGAAGGCACUGAACUCUCCUUCGUAGGAGAUUUUAAAGCAGAGCUUGGAUGGCCACGUGUCAGGUACAGUGGUACCUCGGGUUAAGUACUUAAUUUGUUCCGGAGGUCCGUUCUUAACCUGAAACUGUUCUUAACCUGAUGCACCACUUUAGCUAAUGGGGCCUCCUGCCUCCGCCGCGCUGCCGGAGCACGAUUUCUGUUCUCAUCCUGAAGCAAAGUUCUUAACCUGAGGUGCUAUUUCUGGGUUAGCGGAGUCUGUAACCUGAAGUGUCUGUAACCUGAAGCGUAUGUAACCCGAGGUACCACUGUAUUCUUGAGCUGUGAUUCCUGCAUUGCAGGAGGAUGGGCGAGAUGACCCUUUGAGUACCUUCCGACUCCUCCGAUCUAUGAUUCUGUCUCUUCCUUUUCAUAGGUGGCAAAUGGUACAAGCGACACCUGACUUACCGGGUAGUGAACUGGCCCCGGUACUUACCUGAGCAUCAGGUGCGCCAGGCAGUGAAAGCAGCCUUUGAGCUCUGGAGCAAUGUCUCCUCUUUGGUUUUCUGGGAGGCUGCGGGGGAUCCUGCCGACAUCCGCCUGACCUUCUUCCACGGGGACCACAACGAUGGUGUGGACAAUGCCUUUGAUGGACCAGGUACUCCUGUCCUCCCUUUGUAAGCCCUUGGAAGAGGGAUGGCAAAGCCCUGACUUGCCAGAUGUUGCCGGGCUCCUAACGUCCAUAAACCUUUGUUGCUGGCCAGGCUGGCUGAUGCUGGUAGGAGUUGGGAGUCCCACAACACCCAGAGGGCUGCAAGUCUCCCACCCAUGCCUUGUGGGAGGGCAAUGGCCCAAUAGUGGAAUAGUCCCAGGUUCAAUCCCUGAUAGCAUCUCCAGGUACAGUCGGACCUUGCAAGUCGAACAGCUUAGUUUCCAAACGUUUUGGCUCCCGAACAUCGCAAACCCGGAAGUGACUGUUCCGGUUUGUGAACUAUUUUUGGAAGUUGAACAGGGCUUCUGCGACUUCCGAUUGGCUGCAGGAGCUUCCUGCAGCCAAUCAGAAGCUGCGUUCUGGUUUUGGAAGGCGAAUGGACUUCCAGAACGGAUUCCAUUUGACGUCCAAGGCACGACUGUAUUACCAAGUGCUUUGCCGUUCCUCAACGGGAAGAUUUGGUUUGGGGCUUUGGUGAAAUGGGUAUUUUACAGUGUCUACAACAGUUAACCAGAUUUCCAAAUAUGCCUCUGGACCCCCCAAAAAAGGUUAGGGACUCCUGAUCAUUUCUUUUACAGUUGUGCUGAUUGAGUGUUCAAAAAUAAACACUGCACAAACAAGACAACAAAGAAAUGAACUGUGCACGAAUAAAAGAAACAGAAAGCUCAAUUCACUUUUACAGGGAUCAUAAUAAAAUAGACUCUUAUAAGGGAUGUUUUGGAUGUAAGAUUCACAGGUUGAUAAAGUAGCCUCGCCACAGAGAGGCAUGUGAAGUGCAGUGUGCUAGUUUUAUUUACAAAGCAUAUUGACAGAGAUCAUACAACAUCAACAUGGUCUUGUUUUGAAAUCUGUUAGAACCCUCUGUGGUGGACUCCCCUUCACUGGAAGUUUUUGAGCAGAGGUUGUAUGGCCGUACAUUGGGGAUACUUCAGCUGUGAUUACCGCAUUGCAGGGGUUGGACUAGAUGACCCUUGGGGACCCUUCUGAUCCUAAAAUCCUUUGAUCCCAUUAAAUGCUUAGGCAAGGCAAUCCCCCACACCCUCCCAAGCCACCCAUGCCUAGAGGGACCCAAUGCAAACUUCCUGCGUUUAGCAAUUUUGAGCCUGACUGCAGCUUCUUGUGAGGAAUGGCAGGAUUUGAGUCGAUUUCAUUGGCCAGGAGAACUACCACAGGGUCCGGGGUUCGAGAUUGCUUCCAGUCCAGCUUCCACGCUGGUCAUGGGACCGAGACGGCUCUGGCUGCCCUAACAGAUGAUCUUCGUAGACAGCUGGAUCGAGGUGGGUCGGGGCUGCUGAUUCUUCUAGAUCUGUCAGCAGCUUUCGACAUGGUCGAUCACGAACUUCUGGACCACCGCCUUGCUGACGUGGGGAUCCAGGGCACAGUCCUUCAAUGGCUGCGCUUGUUUCUCUCUGGUCGGAGACAGAGGGUGGCACUUGGAGGGGAAUUGUCAUCGCGCCACUCCUUGGUGUGUGGAGUGCCCCAGGGUGCGAUACUCUCCCCGAUGCUUUUUAACAUCUUUAUGCGCCCCCUCACCCAGCUUGUCUGGAGUUUUGGGCUGGGCUGCCAUCAGUAUGCCGAUGACACCAAACUCUAUCUGUUGAUGGAUGGCCAUCCUGACUCAGCCCCAGACACACUGACCAGAUGUUUGGAAGCUGUGGCUGGAUGGUUACGUGGGAGCCGGUUGAAGCUAAAUCCUUCGAAGACAGAGGUCCUGUGGCUGGGACGGGACGAUAUGGGAUUGGGGGGGCAACUCCCAUCUCUUGUGGGGGCGCAAUUAGUGCCAGCACCGUCCGUUAAGAGUUUGGGUGUAAUCUUCGACACCUCCCUUUCCAUGGAGGCGCAGAUUGCAGCUACAACAAAGGCAGCAUUUUUCCAUCUCCGACAAGCUAAGCAGUUGGCUCCUUACCUCUCUCGGCCUGACCUAGCCACUGUGAUCCACGCGACGGUCACCUCCAGACUGGAUUAUUGUAACUCGCUCUAUGUGGGGCUGCCCUUGAGACUGACCCAGAAACUCCAGCGGGUGCAGAAUGCUGCAGCGAGACUCCUACGGGGUCUUCGCUGCGAGAUCACAUUCACCCGGUGCUAUACCAGCUGCACUGGCUCCCGGUGGAGUACAGGAUCAGGUUUAAGGUGCUGGUUUUAACCUUUAAAGCCCUAUAUGGCCUAGGACCCUCGUACCUACGGGACCGCCUCUCCUGGUAUGCCCCACAGAGAAACUUACGGUCUUCAAAUAAAAACAUCUUGAAGGUCCCAGGCCACAGAGAAGUUAGGCUGGCCUCAACUAGAGCCAGGGCUUUUUUCGGCCGUGGCUCCGAUCUGGUGGAACACUCUGUCACAAGAGACCAGGGCCCUGCGGGACUUGACAUCUUUCCGCAGUGCCUGCAAGACAGAGCUGUUCCACCAGGCCUUUGGCCAGGGCACAGCCUGACUCCCUCCCUCGGCAAUCUUCGCGGAGCUCUGGCCCAAUGGUUGCUAGUGGCUUGAAUUAAUUAAUUUUAUAAUGAAUUAUUUUAGAGUGUUGUUUGUGCUGUACUUUUGUACUGUUUUAUUGUUGUUAGCUGCCCUGAGCCCGGCUUCGGCUGGGGAGGGCGGGACAUAAAUAUAAUAUUAUUAUUAUUAUUAUUAUUAUUAUUAUUAUUAUUAUUAUUAAACAUGAUUUUUUGGUAUGAUUAGCUUAAUCCGUGCCUUGCAUUGUCCCUGUGGAAAAUGAAGGGUGGUUUACGAGUAUUUUUAAUAAAGAGAAGGAAUCAUUUGGCCUCCACGAAGAUGAGUCCCAGAAAAGAGGACUCCUGCCUUUUAAUGUGUGGAUGAGACUGCUGCGCUUGGGAGGUCUAAUGGCGUCUCCUCUCUCACCCCCAGGGGGCGCCCUGGCACAUGCCUUCUUCCCCCGCCGGGGCGAGGCUCACUUUGACAACGACGAGAGGUGGUCGCUGGACAGCGGGAAGGGCCGCAACCUCUUUGUGGUGGUGGCGCAUGAGAUCGGCCACACUCUGGGCCUGGAGCACUCCCCUGUGCGCAGUGCCCUCAUGUCCCCUUACUACAAGAAACUGGGCAAGGACUUUGUCCUUAACUGGGAUGACAUCCUGUCCGUCCAGAACUUAUACGGUAAAUGUGGCUCGCUUGUGAUUUAUUGUUAUUUUAUUGUCUUUGAAUCUCACCUCUUCAUCCAAGGAGGAUCAAGGUGGCGUACAUAAUUCUCUCGCCUCAUUUAAUCCCCACAACAAGCCUGAGAGGUCGACCAGGUCACAGCCAGUGAACUUCGUGGUCAAGUGGGGGAUCGGAACCCUGGUCUCUUCCAGGUCCUCGUCUCACACACUAACCACUAUACCCCACUGGCUCUCACCACUACCACAUCCUGUGCCUGUUUUCUUAAGGAGGAGGAACACAGAUCCAUGGUUUCUCAAGUGGGAUGAUGCUGAACUGCUGUAAACUAGGGAUUGUUUGACAGUCGCACCAAUUGCCCUAGACGGUGGUGGGUUCUCAGCACAAAACUGUAUGGAUAUACGUAUAUCAUUUUCCACACCUUUGUUAGGGGGUUUUAAGCAGAGGCUGGAUGAUCACCUAGCAGGGAAAUUGCGGCAAAUAGAUUUCAGGUGGUUGGAAAGGAUGAGCUUUGAGGUCCCUUUCAACUGUGUGAAUCAUAUGAAUGGGGAUGGGAACUAGGGAUGCUUGAAUCUGGAAGUUUUUGUCUCUCUCAGGCCACCUUUGUCCCAUACAUUUAAAGCACCAUGAAACCACUUCAAACAGUCAUGGCUUCUCCUAAAGAAUUCUGGGAGCUGUAGUUUCUUCAGGGUGUUGAGAGUUGUUAGGGGGCUCCAUUAUUCCCCUCCCAAAGCUACAAUUCCCAGAGUAAAAGGUAAAGGUAAAGAGACCCCUGACCAUUAGGUCCAGUUGUGACCGACUCGGGUUGUACUCUGUGAAAAAUUAAACCACUCUGGGAGUUGUAGCUGUGUGAGGGGAAAGGGGGCAGCCAAAUAACUCUCAGCACCCUUAGCAAACUUCUCAUGAUUCUUUGGGAAAACCCAUGUGAUACUGUGGUGCUGUAAACGUACGGUGGGGGGGGGUGUCCUCAGUUUCUAAUUUUUCCAUUCUUAUGUUCAUUUCCACAACAUUUUGCAGGUUUUCUUUUAAAGUCCUCAUGAAAAAGCACCAGCAUUUUAGUGCAAAAUUUCUGCUAACACUCACAUUCUUGUAUGCAAUUUUGCCUAAUACAGUGGUACCUCGGGAUGCGAAUGGGAUCUGUUCCGGAGCCCCAUUCGCAUCCUGAAUAGAACACAAGACACGAUGGCGCACCUGCGCAAGUUGUGUUUUGCCGCUUCCGCGCAUGCGUGUGAUGUCAUUUUGAGCGUCUGCGCAUGCGCAAGCAGCGAAACCCGGAAGUAACGCACUCCGUUACUUCUGGGUUGCCAUGGAGCGCAACCCGAAAGCACUCAACCUGAAGCACAUUCAACCUGCGGUAUGACUGUAUAGUGCAUUUUUAUGUUGCUUUCACCAAUAUAUACAUUUUUGUAUACAUUACUAAGAAUCAUAGAAUCAAUGAAUUCGAAGGGACCCCAAGGGUCGUCUAUCUCAAACCCCUGCAAUGCAGGAAUCACAGCAGCUUAGCUGAGAAACUGCAUUGCAGAAUUCAGAAGAGUGUGGAUUAUGAAGGAUGACUGUGUUUCUUAUGCAACUUUGCCUGAUAUAUACACAAAUUGUGCCCUUCGCCCUUUGCUUCAACCCUGGCCCACCCUGAGCCUUAAGUCCGGGACUGGUUGUACAGCUAAAUACCACAUAUUUGCAUGGACCCAGAUUUUUAAAUUUUAUUUCUAGCCUGAUGGUACACCUCUUCUGAACAUGGAAGUUUGACAUAGGCAGUGUCCAUGAGCACUUUCUAAGAAUAGACACUCAAGCCCAGUGGCUCUUUUGAUGGGACCUUGUGAUUUCUUUUUGGCAGGCAAGCCUCCCCGGGGGUCUGUGGUCCAGCUCCCAGGAAAAUUAUUUGCUCACUUCCAGGACUGGAGCCAGGAUCUUGAAGGCACUAAGCACCAGGGCGGUGACCACAGUUCUCAUUACUGCUGGUCAUUCUUUGAUGCCAUAACCAUGGGUAAGAAGAGAUAGUGCAUCAGCUGGAGAAUGGGUGCAGGGUGGUGGCUAAAGGGCCAAACUUGGACAGUAAAAUUCCCUGUGCAGACUGUCCUAUUGCAUUAGGCACAGCCUUUCAGAGUUGUUUUGAUUGGAUUAAAUACUUUGAUUUUUCAUUUCUUUUCACCUAUGGUAGAAUGACCUUUCUGGAGUUUGUGUGUCAUCAUCAUCAUCAUCAUUUUAUUAUUUAUAGCCUGCCCAUCUGGCUGGAUUUUCCCAGCCACUCUGGGUGUCUUAUUUUGUACCCCACCCUGCUGUCUAAGAAAGAUGGUCUUUAAAUGCUUAGAUUAAAAAGUGUAAAUGAAUAAAGCUCCUUAACAGGUUCUUCAGCAGACCGUGAUACUAACCCCACUUACCAGGGAGUAAGCCCCAUAUGUUCAAUAGGGCAUAUUUCUGGGUAAACAUGGUUAGGACUGUGCACAGACUGCUUUCUGGGGCAUUUUCCUAAGGGAAGCCAAAUUCCAAUGGAUCUCGGGCUACACAAAUUAUCCCUAACCAGAGUUGUGUGUAUGUUGUGUCAGGAGAAGUGCACUUUCAUUUUUGUUUCCCUGCAUCAGUUUUUCUGUGGAAAACUGCAUGGGAAGUGUGUAGGUUUUUUUACGCAGUAUUUUCCAUUGGUUGGGAUGAAAACAUUCCCCAAACAGAGGACUCUGCUGGGAAUUUCUGGGGGAUAAUUUAUGCCCUGUUCUGUUUUUAGAAAGAGAACACUAUAACCACUUCAGUCUUCUUCCCAGGAUCCAUUUGUGUUGGAGUUUCUUCCACACGUUUCAUAAUCUUUUUCUACCUAGAAAACAACAAACCCAACCUAUAAUGGAUAACAGGCAUAUUUGCUGCCAUGCAGGGGGCAAUAUCCAGGAAGGAUUAUGUUUACUUCUGGGUAAAAUCUGCAAUUGAAAGUGCACUUGGGUAAAUUCUACUCUCACGACAUGAUAUACUGGGGCAGAUUCUGGGGGUGGGGUGGAGGUAUUUUCAGAAUUCCAGACAGCUCCCUGCCCCCCCCCCCCCCGUCAGCCCAAGUAAAUUCCUCCAUCCCCUAUCAGAGUUGUGUAGUUCUGGUUACCUCAUCUCAAAAAGGAUAUUUAAAGGUUCAGAAAAGGGCAACCGAACUGAUCAAGGGAAUGUCACGACUCCCAUGUGAAGAAAGGUUACAGCAUUUGGAAUUUUUUAGUUUAGAGAAAAUGUGAGCAAGAGAACAAUAGAAGUUCAUACAAUUGUGAGAAGGUGGACAGAGAAAAGUUUUCCUCCCUCUGUCCAAGUACGAAAAGUUGUGGACACACCACGAAGCUGAAUGUUGGAAGAUUCAGGACAGAUAAAAGGAAGUCCUUCUUCAUAAUUAAACUAUGGAACUCACUCCCUCAGAGGGGCAGUGAUGGUUUUAAAAAGACGAUUGAACAAAGUCAUGGAGGAUAAAUCUAUGGGCAGCUAUUAGCCAAGAUGCCUAUGCUCUUGACUCCACAGCCGGAGGCAGCAGUGCUUCUGAAUACCAGUUGUUGGAAACCACAGGAGGGGAGAGGACUCUUGGGCUCAGGUCCUGCUUGUCGGCUUCCCACAACCAUCUGGUUGGCGACUGUAAGAAGAAGAUGCUGGACUAGAUGGGCCAAUGGCCUGAUCCAGCUGGCUCUUCUUAUGUUGAUAUAUUCCUGCAUGAACCCUAAGUACCUGGGUUUCUGAUCUCUCACUCAGAGACAGAAGACCCUCUCACACACCUUCUCUUUAUUUUUGAGCAGAUCUGGAAGACAAUCUCUAUAUAUUCAAAGGCGGCCAUUACUGGAUUGUAUCCAAAGGAGGUAACGCUACUGGUCCAGACUUGCUCCGAGCCAUGUGGCCGGGACUCCCGUCCACCAUUGAUGCUGCGGCCUUCUCUGAGGAAGAUGGGAAGUUCUAUUUCUUCAAAGGUAGCUUGACUGGAGUUGUCUGGGAGGUGGGGAGUUGGCAGUACAGAUCUUAACAUCGUCCUGGCACUUCCCAAUGACCUUAGGAAAGCUCCUCUCUUUGUAAGCCCCCAUCUUCCCAUCUGUGAUUUGGACGUAAAAGCAGUGCCCUGCCUUUCGAGAACAUGCUAAUGAUUAUCGAGAUACCAGAGAAGUUACCAGACAGGCACUCAAGGGGGAGGAGGGGCAAAGUAGGGUUGGUGAAGGUGUGGCCUCUGGAGAAUCCUGAGGGCCAGAAAGAAAGACCUAGAGUCACACAUUUGGCCUCUGAGCCCAAGGUCCGCUAGUGCUUCCCAGUUAGCUUAGUACUGUGUACUUUUUCAAAAGCCAAGACAUGGAGCCCCUACUUUUGACAAUUUUGAUAUCUCUGUGGUUGUUUUUAUUAUGUGAAUGGUACCACAGACCCACUGGGUGAGUUAUGUAGACCCCCCCAGGGUCCGCAGACCACAGGUUGGGAACCACAGAUCUAGAGAGCUCUCAGCUGAGAUUCAAAUCAAGGACUAUUGUUUCCAAGCUCAAGUCAUCUUACCCCACUGGGCUAUAUGAAUUUAAGUUGGGAGCCCUGUUGUUCAGUCUUGGCACCUGCUCCAAGACUCUAGUCAUACACCUGCUUACUCAAAAUCAAAUUCUCUUUGAAUGCCCAGAAUUGGCUUCCCAUUAAAUUAAAUGUGUUUUAGAUUUGCGUUGUUAGUUCAUAAGGUAAACCCUGCUGCCAUCUGCUGGCUGUUAGCUGAGGUGCAGUCAGGAAUUCAAGUAUCCAGGACUUAAUGAACUUUUAUGGGGAGUGCGGCUUAGAUAGCCAUGUGUAUUAUGUCAUUUGUGAAGCAUACAAUUAACAUCUCCCUCUCUCUCUCUCUCCCUCUCUCUCUCUCUCACACACACACACAUUCCGCCUAGACCAAAAUCUUUCUUAAAAAACCUCAGUUUGUCAACCUUGGCACACAAAAAAGAAAUAAGUCCUCUGAGCAUGUGCAGUUUCACAUUUUAUGUCUACAGGAAUAAAAGCAGGCUUUGCUUCAUGCUGCCCUGAUGGCGUACACACACUUAGAAAUGUCCCUUUCUGUUGUGGUUUUUUUAAGGCAAAAGAAUAAAAGCAGCACCUGUAACCUUGUACAUACCUGGCCAGCCGUUGCUAACUAGGAAAUGCUUUUAUUGAAAUCAGAAAGAAAGUGGGGUGUAGUAAACGGUGUCAGUACUUGCUGGGCUUGAUGUUGACACUGGAUCAGUUUCCUACUCUCCCCAUCACCUGACACAGCGCUUGGAACGAACAAGUUCAGCUGAACAAAGUUCUUCAGAAUAGUCCAAAGAUCUCUGACCUUCCCUGAAUUCAGUUCCCAGAAUUGCCAGGUGAACUGAUCAUGAAUUAAGUUCAUUUGGGGGCAGAACAUUGAAUGAUUUUUAGUUUAUCUUCAAGUUCAUUCUCUCUCUCUCUCUCUCUCUCUCUCUCUCUCUCUCUCUCUCUCUCAUCUUUAGGUCAGUGGCUCCUAAAGUAUGUGGCACUGCCCCUGGCCAAUGGUGGGAUUCCCCAGAGGGGGCUAAGAGGCAAUUGGAUUUUGAAUAAAUGUGCAAUCAAUGUUUACUCUUUUGAAAUUUAUUGUGUUAUGGUCUUCCUUAGUGGGUCAUGUAAAACGCUAUUUGGAAUAAUGCUUUUUAUACUGUAGGGUGGGGCACCCGGGGGGGUGAGUUUAUGGAACCGAGGGGGCAGUGGCUCAAAAAAGUUUGGGAACCACUGCUCUAGACUCUUUGGACUCUUAAACUUAAAGAUCAUAAGUCUUGGGGAACAUAAAUUAAACCUUCCGCACGUGUGUGUGUGUGUGUGUGUGUGCGCGCGCGAGUGUGUGCUUAGACAUUUUCUUAGUCUCCAAAAGUAUGUCUUUAUACUUCAGCCCAACAGCACUGGAGGGAUAGCUCAGGUGGUAGAGCAUGAGGCUCUUAAUCUCAGGGUUGUGGGUUUGAGCCCCACAUUGGGCAAAAGAUCCCUGCAUUGCAGGGGGCUGGACUAGAUGACUCCUUCCAACUCCACAAUUCUCUGAUUCUAGCUUCUUGGACUCCAGCUACCAUUGGCCACACUGGCUGUUGGGGCUGAUGGGACCUGGAGUCCAGCACCACGUCUGGAGGGCCACAGCUAGAACCCAGUCCUGCCUAAUUUAAAAGAACCAUGGAAUUAUAGAGGUGGAAGGGACCCCAAGGGAAUUGCAGGAAUCGCAGCUAAAGAAUCCCUGACAGAUGGCCAUCCAAGCUGUGCUUGAGAACCUCUCCCAUGAAGGAUAGGCCACCACCUUCCGUUCCACUGUUGAACUUUUCUUACCGCCAGGAAGUCCUGCCUUGCCUCACCCUGCUCUCUGUCUCCCCCUGCAGGUGGCCGAUGCUGGCGCUACAAAGGCUCUUCCCUGGACGCCGGCUUCCCCCAUAAGUGCAGCAGCAUGGGGGACCUCCCCCGACACCCCGACACAGCGCUCUAUUUCCAGCCCCUCCACCAUCUGGUUCUUUUCAAAGGUCCCAAAUACUACAUGGUGAGCGGAGAGUCCCUGCAAGUGGAGCCGUACUACCCCAGGAGCCUGAAAGACUGGGGAGGGGUGCCUGCCAUGGCGAACGGCGCUCUCACGCGUCCUGACGGCUUCGUUUACUUCUUCCGAAACGACCAGUUCUGGAAAUUCAACCCAGAUACGCUGAGGGUGGUGGAAAGUGGGAAAUGGGCCUCCCAGCUAGGGUGGCUGGGUUGCCAGGAUGCGGCCCUCAACCAGGCGGUGGUCUGAGCUUCUGCAGAAAUUUCAACGGCUUUCAUAACAAACUUCCCGAAGUCCAGAAUUCGGUUCAGCGUUUGAGGGUCAGAUGCUUGACGGUGUUGGAAGUUGACCUUUCAUUUUGUCGCAAGUGGACUUUUGUUUCUUUUUUAAAGGAGUAAGUGAAGCCUAAGAGAGUACCUCUUGAUGCAAAAGAAGAAGAAGAAGAGUUUGGAUUUGAUAUCCCGCUUUAUCACUACCCUAAGGAGCCUCAAAGCGGCUCACAAUCUCCUUUCCCUUCCUCCCCCACAACAAACACUCUGUGAGGUGUGUGAGGCUGAGAGACUUCAGAGAAGUGUGACUGGCCCAAGGUCACCCAGCAGCUGCAUGUGGAGGAGCAGGGAAUCGAACCCGGUUCACCAGAUUACGAGUCCACCACUCUUAACCACUACACCACACUGGCUCUCAGAAUAUCAAGUGCCUGACAAAUCAUGACACGGAGUGGGCGGGCAAUACAGCUUCUUGCGCCACGUUGAUUGGAAGAGGACGGGUUGGCAUUCUAGCCAAUCGAGAAGCAUUAUAGGGGAGGGGAGGGGAGGGGCGGUGGGCACUUCCGUUGCCUCUGGUAACUGGCUAAACCUUAUGGCAGAGCUUUCCAAACUGUGUGCCUUGACACGUUAGUGUGUCGGCUGCAGUGUGUAGGUGUGUAGUGUGAACACUCCCCACGCUCCUCCCGGGGCUGGAAAGGGGUUAGUUUAACCUCUGGCUUGCUAGUAAUACUGAAUUACUGCAUCGCGAAAUCAUGCAUGUCUAAAAGGUGUGUCACCAGCAUGAAAAGUCUGGAAAGCUCUGCCGUACGGAGGCCAAGCUUCUUUUAAGAGCUGCCCACACCCCAUUCAACUUCAAGCCGCCUGUUCUUCUGUCUUCCAUCUUUGUCCCAAAGCUGGUUACUGUGGAGUGGACAAAAACAGGGGGAACUUCUCUUAAGAACCUGUCAAGGCUCUGCCAAGGCUUUGGGAAAGCUAUUCCUCCCCCAGUUGCAGCAAGAGCAGAGAAAACAAGCUAGAGUUCUUUUUAAUGAGUUUUAUUCAAUCCAAUAGUGAGAGACAAAUGAUCGCAAUGAGCCUUAACAAUGGCGUUUCUCCAAACUGGACUCCUCCUCCCUCCUCCUUAGCAACAGCACCUUCCCAUAUGGUGGUCAAAUGUCUCUGAUUCCGUUGUUCUUGCGCUCUCAACGAACGUCAUGUUCUGGCAGAAGGGGGAUAAGAAAUACUCUCCAGUGACAACAUGUCAUUUGGCUGCUCCUCUGCAGUCCCCCCCCCCCACUUCUUCCAACACUGCCCAACUCCGUCCAUCUCUGAGCUGUGACCUCCCUCAAACUCCUCAAAGCCGUGCUGUAAUUCAGUCCUGCCUUCCCCCUCUCCUGCAGUGUCAGGAGAAUUGGGGGGGGGUGAUCCCCACUACAGUGGUACCUCAGGUUGCAUACGCUUCAGGUUACAGACUCCGCUAACCCAGAAAUAUCACCUCGGGUUAAGAACUUUGCUUCAGGAUGAGAACAGAAAUUGUGCUCCGGCGGCACAGCGGCAGCAGGAGGCCCCAUUAGCCAAAGUGGUGCUUCAGGUUAAGAAAAGUUUCAGGUUAAGAACCGACCUCCGGAACGAAUUAAGUACUUAACCUGAGGUACCACUGUACGCCUCCUACUCCAUCUCAUCCUCGAGUCCAAUUCCUGACAGAACCUAAGAAGAGCAUCCUGUUAUCACAUUGGCCAACCAGAUGGACCAAUGGGAAGCCCACAAGCAGGACCCAAUCACAAGAGCACUUUUUAAGGUGAGGCAUCCACCUCACAGUCCUCUCCAGAGGUCAUUUCUCCUCCACAGCUGAGCCUUUGAGGAGUUAGUGUGGACUGACCAUCAUUGUAAAGCUUCUCUCGCAGAAUCUUGAGCUACUGUGCAUCGGCUACUACAUCUUCAGGGCGGAACAGGAGCUGUUCAUCUGUUACCUCUCCUUGCCUGUUGGCAGUGCCUCUCUUGUGGGUGAUCACAUCUCCUUGACCUCCCACCUAUAGCAGAACCUUGGCAUUAUUGCCGUUGGCAUUGCUGUAAUGUGAUUCCAUGUGCAAAGGAAGUCACAUUCCCGCUGCAGUCUUGCAACAAAUGGGUGAGGAAAGGGCCCAGCAGAAGCGUCACAGCUGAAUGCAGCACUGAAUCUGAAGCUUCAGUAUGAAAGCUCAACCUUCAUUGCCUAGUACCACACUGCCACAAAACUGUUUUCUACCAAGUACCUCAUGGGCUUUCUAGCACUUCACUGCCUUUGGCAGUUCCAUCACAGCAAUACUUCUGCAGGUGCCUCAGUUUUCAACAUGUAUGCUGAGAUUGGCAGAGGGGGCCAUCCGGGUGAUUCCUGCACCCUCAGAGGCUCUAGGGGGGAAGAGGGCCUUCUCUGUGGUGGCUCCUAAGCUGUGGUGCACUUUAUGCCCUCAUUAUACAGCUUUCCGAGGAUGCUGAAGACAUAGCUCCUUACUCUGGCUUUUGACACUUGAGAUGUCUAUUUUUACGACUCAUUUUAUGGUUGUAAGUUUUUAAAAUUGUUUUUAAUACUGUGUUUGAUUGUUGUAACCUGUCCGGGGACAUCAGGGUGAAGGAUAGGAAAUAAAUAUACAAAUAAUACCUUCAUCCUGAAACCCAA